CUGAACAGUAUACAGGUACAAUGCCAUUGUUUAUCAUGCCAAAAGAUAACCGGCGCACUCUAUACGGCGAAUAUUCCUGUUCCACGAGACAAGCUGAAAAUUACUUCUGGAUCCCCAGUGUCUCACACUCAGAAACACGAAGAUGGAUUCAACUUGACUGUAAACUUCUGCAGCAGCUGUGGCUCGGUCCUCUACAAGCAGGCUGAUGCGGACAUGUUCGCACCAAUCUCUUUGGUUCAGUCGGGAACGCUGGACGGCCCUGCCAAGGACAAGGUUAGCCGACCAUCGACGGAGUUGAAUGUGAAGCUGAGGGCUUCUUGGUUGCCGGAGGUUAGCGGUGCUGCUCAAAAGCAAGGAUUUGACUGA